AUGAGCAGUUCAAGAAGUGAUCCCAUGUUUGGUCAUGAACUGGUGUUCGUAAAGAAAGCAAAAUCUGUGGUUACGGCAGAAAAGUAUAAUGAAUUUUUAAGCCUCCUGUACAAUUACCAUGGCAGAAGAAUUGAUAUAGGAGUUUUCAAAGAUGGAGUAUUAGAGUUGUUUAAAGAGCAUGAAGAUUUAAUUUCAAGAUUCAACGUGUUCUUGCCUCGGGGACACGAAAUCUCAGUUCCAUUGGAUGGUGAACAUCAAGGUGAUGUCGAUGCAUUAGCGGUCGAAGACGAUGAACAACAAGGUGAUGAAGAUGCAUUAGCAGCCAAAGAUGAACAGAAAGAAGAUGAAGAAAAACAAGUUUGA